AUGCUGAGAAAUAGCAUUUUUAAAAAUUUUACUCGAAAUUGGUCGGAAAGGUUGCGUUUUGAUCGCGUUAGUGUCCCACAACAAAGUAACGAUGCUCGUUACUUGCAGAAGAACUCGUUUGAUCAUCGAGUUCGCAAGGCAGACUGGUAUGCAAACCGAUACACAGACACGCUUCACCGAUACAACAAAGAAGUUCAGCACCGUCGAGCUGGUUCACCAACUGCCAAUCGCGGACUGGGAGCACCUUGGGACUCAAGUGAACUCUAG